AUGAUCAACGUAAAACACGAAACAACCGACGACGCGAUGAGUUGCAACACUUCGGUCACUUCGAUUCUAAAAUACCUGGAUGAUAAAAGCCUGGAAAUGGACCAACUCCGGAAUUUAGAAUCCAGGCCGAAGAAAAGACGACUGGAUCACCUGACGUGGGAGGAAAAAAUUCAAAGAAAGAAAUUAAAGAACCGCGUGGCGGCGCAAACGUCGCGCGACCGCAAGAAAGCGAAAAUGGAACAAAUGGAGCAGGCCGUCCAGCAACUGUUCGCCAACAACGAGACCCUGCUGGCCCAAUGCGAGAGCCUGAAGCUGGCCAACCAGCGGCUGGUGAAAGAGAACGCCGAGCUGCACGAGCGACUGCGGGCGCCCUGCGCGUCCUGCGCCGCCGCCCAAAGCCGUCCUGUCGGGUGCGAGGCCCUCAACGGACCGACCGAGAAGAGCCACGUACCCAGCAGCGGCUUUGAGCAGCGCGCUGCUGAAAGUCAUAGCGAGCUGCCUUCUCUACCAGACCUGCUCGACGAGCUCGACACCGACAUCGACUUUAGCUCGCUGGAACAGCUCACUCAGAGCCUCCUGCAGGACAUCGCCAGGGAUCUGGAGGAUGCUGCUCAAAAGACAGAUAGAGAAGAACCAAAAAUCGAUGGAAAUAGACCUGCAGAAAUGGUGGGGCAGACACCAACAGAAUUGGAAUCCGGUGGAUCUGAUAAAAAGCUAGAGAACAGUUUAUCGGAGUACCUGCUGCUCUAUCACAACUACGCCGCGGCGCCGGAAACCAGUGCACAAAAGCCGGUUGCGAACAUCAAAAAAUCGACGCCUGUUCCCAUUCGACCUAAAAUCGUCGUCGAGCCCGCGGAAAGCGCGGUCCCGGCGACGGGGGACGUUUCCGACGUUGUGACGAUCGUCAUCGACAACGAAGGAAACCCUGUUACUUUGAACGAGGCGGAGUCUGUGGGGGUGCCUUCGCCGAUGUCCUCUACGAACGAGUCCGACAAAGGCUACGAAUCUUUGGAUUCCCCGCACAGUCUCGCCGAUGAGGAUCUCUGGGAUCAAAGCAUCACGGAGCUGUUUCCUUCAUUGUAUACAGUUUAG